AUGGGUGAUACGCAAAGUCGGCGGCAGGCGUACCAGGUCGAACGCGAGGAGCAAAGGGCGAGUAGGAGUAGGUCCCCGGAGCUACAGUUAUUGGCCUCACCGCUAGUGUCAACCGCGGGAUCCAUGGGACCGACGGUAUCCCCGGUGGUAUCGCCGGGGUACACCGAGGCGGAAAGUGACCUGGAAUUGGAAGAGGAGUCGUCGGCACGCACAAGGGGGACAUCGACGGCGCGGCGAGGGGAUCAGCGGCCGACAGACCCACAGGUCGAGGAGCCGCAGCCAACGCCGACCGAAACCGCGGUCAAAGAGCCGCAGACAACGCCGACAGAAACCGCGGUCAAAGAGCCGCAGGCAACGCAGGCCGACAUCGCGGAAAACAACGCGGCCGCUGAGGCACGACGCCUCGCGGAAUGGCACCGGCGGUUCGCGCUGGCCGCGGCGACGGAGGAGCGGAGGCAACGGCGUGUAUGGGAGGACGCCCUGACGCUGGCAAAGAGGCUGAAGGCCACGCAGGAGGCUGAAAAGGCGGCGCAAGAAGCGGAGGCGGAGCGCCACAAACGGGACGAGGUGCGCUCCGCGGUACGAGACGGCAUGAUGUGGCACGUGCAAACGCUGCACAUAUCGUGGGCCUCUGGGCCCUCGCCCCAGCAGCCCGGGCAAGAGGCGAGGGAGGCUCGACUGUGGGAGGAGGCACCACGCGCCAGUGACGAGAGGGACCCGAGGCGGCGGGCACGGCCACAGGAGUCGACAGGCCCAGCGGUGGCACCCACAGCCGAAAAGGUGCCCGAGGAGGCGCCCGGGGGGACGGCAGAGGUCGAGACGGAGGGAACGACGAACACGCCAACAUCACUGACGGCGGAGGGCCCAGCGGCGGCACCCAAAGUCGAGGUGGCGACCGACGGCGAAGCGGAUGACGGCGCGAGAGCAACGGCGGAAGCGAAGAAGGACGAACACUCACCUGAGCCAUGGGAGAGAGUCUAG